CAAGUAUUUAAAGCAACCCAUCAACAGAUUAAUUCAUACCAAAUAUCAGCACAAUUUCUAGCUAGAAAGAUGAUGAUGCAAGAAAAAAGUCACCUUAAAUCACUGGAGAAGAAGAAGAUGGUUGCACCAAUUAUCGAUGCCAUCCUCGCAAACGACGUGUCCACUUUACUCGCUCUCGCAGAGGGGAAUCUAUCGGUAUUGAGGGAGAGAUACCACUGGGAUUCUCUCGGUGGGACGGUUUUGCAUCUAGCGACUGAACUUGGGCAUAAGGAAAUUGUCGAGGCGAUAAUUAAGCUUUGUCCUUCUCUAGUCGGUGUUACCAACCUUGAUGGCGACACUCCUCUUCAUUUUGCUGCACGCUGGGGACAUGCGACCAUUGUGGCUCAGAUAUUAGCGUCUGGAUAUGCUGAGUUCACCCCGGUCAACGGACGAGGAGAAACUGCCUUCGUUGUUGCUUGCCGCUACACUAACCCCGAUGUCGCUAGUCUUAUAUUGGAAGAAACAAGUUCUAUCACAAUCGGGGAAUUUUAUGCAACGUUUGUUCUUGGAGAAUAUACGGAUAUCGCAAGGAGAAUGCUAGAGAGGUUCCCAAAACUAGCUUGGAAUGCCGAUGGAGAAUUGUCAACCCCAUUGCAUCAUGCGUGCAACGCCAACAACCUCGAGAUAACAAAAAUGUUGCUAGAGAUUGAUGAAAGCCUUGCAGAGAGGGUCAACAAAGAUGGUUUCACACCUUUGCAUUUGGCGGCCAUGAAAUGCUCAAUUCCAAUUCUGAAGGAGUUUUCGGAUAAGGCUCCAAGAUAUUUCGACAUACUAACACCAGCAAAAGAAACCGUCUUCCAUCUAGCUGCGGAACACAAAAAUAUACUAGCGUUCUAUUUCAUGGCAGAGAGUCCCGAUAGAAACAAUCUUCUCCACCAGGUAGAUAGAUAUGGCAACACUGUACUACACACUGCGGUCAUGUCCAGCUGCUAUUCCGUGAUAGUCAGCAUCACUUAUGAAACAACAAUAGAUCUCUCUGCCAAAAAUAAUAGAGGUUUGAAAGCGGUUGAUCUUAUCAACGUCGAUGAUGAAGAUUAUAGUAAAAUAUCCCGGUGGCUCAGGUUUGAUGCAAAACAAAUUCGAAGCCUUAGUGAUCCUAAUCAUCAACAAGGGAACAAAAACAUGGGAGUAUUAUCUGAGUAUAAGAAGAUGCAGAUAUUUGAAACGCCUUCAAAGAGGGAAAGUAAAAUGCAUGCAGAAGCAUUGCUGAACGCAAGGAACACAAUCACAAUAGUUGCAGUUUUGAUUGCCUCGGUUGCCUUCACCUGCGGUAUAAAUCCUCCUGGUGGUGUCUAUCAAGAAGGACCCUACAAAGGAAAAUCAACUGCGGGAAGAACGUUGGCCUUCCAAGUGUUUUCUAUAAGCAACAACAUCGCAUUGUUCACAUCCCUUUGCAUUGUAAUCCUUCUUGUCAGCAUUAUACCUUACAGGACGAGACCACUCAAGAACUUCUUAAAACUAACACAUAGGAUACUUUGGGUGGCUGUGGCAUCCAUGGCACUCGCUUAUGUUUCCGCAGCUUCCAUAAUCAUACCGCAUGUCGAAGGAAAAAGAUGGUUGUUCACAACUGUUCUUUCUAUCUCUACCUUGAUGCUCGGAGGUCUGUUUGCGUUUAUGACCUAUAAAGUCAUCAGACACUGGUUGAAGAAGAUGACAUUUAACCCAAUGAUGAUUAUUAUGUCAGCGUUUACUUCUAUAUCCAUAGGUGUUGACUGGCUAGCCGCUGGAAGUGACGGCUAUUACUUCUACUGACAAAGUGUUUUAAACAUAUGUUAUACCUACAUAUCUAAGAAAUACUUGGAUCUUUUUUCAGUUUCUUGCUUGCAGUUUGUAAUUAAGUGCACACCGCUUUUUAAUUUUCCCACAACUUUGCUUGUAUAUAUCAUUCUUGUUAUCUCAAAUCUAACUUUAAGAAUACGAAAUUUAAAGCAAGAAUGCAC